AUGGCUAUUCCUACACCAAUCCGUGACCCUCUGCUGCAGCACAUGUUCGCAUAUCUCAACCCUCGCCGCGAUGAACUCCCCUCCCACAUCGUUGAGACCAUCGCUGGAAAUCUCACAUUUCUGGUGAAAUACACUGCCGGUCCUAGUGUCCGCGCUUCCCAGCUCUCAAUUUCCGUCAUCGACGUCCGUGGACCCAACAACAGUGAAGUCGGCCACAAGGCCACAGUCUGUAUUCACGACGGCCCAGGCAAGUUUACAGUCGUCAUGUGGAAGCAGGUAAAUUGGGGUCAAAACGUCGUAAUCGGGCUGGGAGAGAAAGUGGACAAGGCUAUCAAAGAUAUCCUGGCGAAGGAAGGAAAUGACGGAUAUGGUGACUUCGAGGGCUAG